AUGGCUCCCGCAGAGAAGGGUGGCGAGAAGAAGAAGGGCUGUUCUGCUGUCCACGAGGUGGUGACCCGAGAAUACACCAUCAACCUCCACAAGCGCAUCCAUGAAGUGGGCUCCAAGAAGCGGGCACUCAGCUUAAUAAAGCUGCUGGGACAAGGGAAUAAGGAAUGUUCUGCAUCGCCUCUGAGUACAUCCGGAAAACACAGUGGGGAUGAGGAUUCACCAAACAAGCUCUACGCACUGGUAACUUACGUGCCUGUUACCACAUUCAAAAAUCUACAGAUGGUCAAUGCAGACGAGAGCUAA